AUGGGUUCUCAGUUAGUCUCAACUGACGCCAAGAACAAGUUGGAAGACUUGUCGGGCAUUACAAUCCUGCCGGGUCAGAACCCAUACGACGCCUUCAUCAAGGCCUGCAAUGAUAACCCUGCAGAGAUUCAAGCUCUGUACCACGCCCAUAGAACGAAGAGAAAUGAGCAGCAGAAGCAAAAGUUCAUCACCCCCGAUUUCAAGGAACUCAUCAUAGACCCCUUCCUUUUGAGAUUGGAAAACCCUGAGAUGGAGCCAGGCUUCCAAGAUCCCCGUAACUGCUUCGUCUUCUGGGCUCGUCCGCCCGAUCACAUUGUGAGGCUCGCGGCCCACGUGCAGGCCCUACUCAAGAAGGCUGCGCCGAGCGUUUGGCUCAUGCCUCAGCACCGCAUGCACCUCACAACGCUCGAGGUGACACACUCCAAGAACCCUGAGGAAAUCAUCGCCCUCACCGACGCCAUGCGCUCCGCGAUCCCCUACAUCACAGACUACACCUACUCCCACCGCUCGCGCCUCGUGAAGCCCAUGAUCUCGUACGAUCUCUCUGCCUUCGCCAUCUCCUUCCUCCCGGCAGCGGGCGAGUUUUCCCUUGGCCCCCCACCCGUGCCCACUGCGACACAGAAAGCCGUCGUCGAGGGCGACAGCUACACGUACCACCACCUCCGCCGAGAUAUCUUCGACCUGGCGCAGUCGACGGGCGUGCCGAUCGAGUCGCGGUACCAGGUGCCGAGCGCACACAUCACGCUGGGAAGGUAUCUUACCGAGAAGGAUCACGAGACUCCUGAGGCGCGGGCCAAGUGGGCUGAUACCAUCGAUGAGAUUAACGCGUGGCUCGAGACGGAGGUUUGGGGCCUAAAGGACGGGGAGUGGGUUGGCGAGUGGGUUGUUGGGCAGGAGAAGGGGCUGGAUGCGCGGAAUGGACAGUUGUGGUAUGGAGGAGGGAGGACGAUCAGGCUCGGUGAGGGUUUCUGA